CCCACAGAUAUUUUCCCCACUAUGGCACUCCAAAUGCUUGUAUAAAUUCCCCUUCUAAACCACUCCCUUCUCAUCAUCACCUUCUCUAAAAAAACCUUCCCUCCUUAUCUCCUCAAACACCAAUAAUCUUUCUCCCAUGGCGUCCACCAUAACCUCCACCUUCAAAACCCCUUUCCUCGACACCACCAAGUCGUCGUCCUCCUUCCAUGGCGCCCCGAUCCCGACCUCCCGCUUCUCCUUCACACCCACCAAAUCCUCCUCCUCCGCCGCCCAAAACGGCGCCGUCUCGAUGUCCAUGGCCACCCCGCCGUACGACCUCAACUCCUUCAAGUUCGCGCCUAUCAAAGAAUCCAUCGUCUCCCGCGAGAUGACGCGCCGCUACAUGACCGACAUGCUCACGUACGCCGACACCGACGUCGUCAUCGUCGGCGCCGGGUCCGCGGGGCUCUCCUGCGCCUACGAGCUCAGCAAGAACCCGGACAUCCGGAUCGCCAUCAUCGAGCAGUCCGUCAGCCCCGGCGGCGGCGCGUGGCUCGGCGGCCAGCUGUUCUCCGCCAUGGUCGUCCGCAAGCCCGCACACCUCUUCCUCAACGAGGUCGGCGUCGAUUACGAUGAGCUCGAGGACUACGUCGUCAUCAAGCACGCGGCGCUGUUCACCUCCACAAUCAUGAGCAAGCUCCUGGCCCGGCCCAACGUGAAGCUGUUCAACGCCGUGGCCGCGGAGGACCUGAUCGUGAAGGGCGGCAGGGUCGGCGGCGUGGUGACCAACUGGGCCCUGGUGUCGAUGAACCACGACACGCAGUCGUGCAUGGACCCGAACGUGAUGGAGGCGAAGGUGGUGGUGAGCUCGUGCGGCCACGACGGUCCGUUCGGCGCCACCGGGGUGAAGAGGCUGAUGGACAUCGGGAUGAUCGACAAGGUCCCCGGGAUGAAGGCCCUCGACAUGAACGCCGCGGAGGAUGCCAUCGUCAGGCUGACGAGGGAGGUCGUCCCCGGGAUGAUUGUGACGGGGAUGGAAGUUGCCGAGAUCGACGGAGCGCCGAGGAUGGGGCCGACGUUUGGGGCGAUGAUGAUUUCUGGGCAGAAAGCGGCUCAUCUGGCGUUGAGGGCGCUUGGGGAAGCGAAUGCGUUGGAUGGAGUGAACAACGGGAAGGUGAAGCAGCCGGAGUUUGUUAUUGCUGAUGCAGGAACCGCCGGAGAGGCCGUGGAUGCUUAAUUAGGGGGGACUCGAGUGUAAAAAAUAAAAAAAAUGUGGAGGAAGAAUAAAAGGAGGGAAGAAGAAGAAGCUAGAGCUAGUGUGUGAAUGUGGUGUUUGCUAGCUAGUUGUUCCUUUCGGGUUUUGGAAGGGUGAUGGUAGAUAAUGGAAGAAGAAGAGCUAGUGUGUGCCGAAUCGAAUCAACUCAACAUUUUGGGUUUUUGAAGUUCUUUC